AUGAACGGCGCCGCUGCGGGCGUCGGAGGAGGAGGAGGAGGAAGUGACACCGGUGCUCUCGCCACAGAAACGAUACGCAAAGCAGUCGUUCAACUCUACUUCUCUUCAACGUGCGAUGCGCAAGCUCGAGAAGAGGCGAACCAAUAUUUGCUCUCUUUUACGAACGACCCGUCGACGACGGCACAUUGUUCUGCCCUUUUACGUGAGUCGUUGCAUAACCUCUCGUCAAUGCGCGAUGAACACGACGGAGCGACGAACGGGAGAAAUAAAAGAACGGAACACACGAUCGCGUUCUUUGCCGCGAAUGUGUUGAAAACGAAAGUGCUGAAGGAAAACGUAUAUGUGGGAGAAAAUACCACUGAAUUUAUCAGCGAGAUUCUGAAAUACGCGAGCGAGUUUGCGAACAUCGACGAAGAGUCCGUCACGGUCGCUCGAAAGUUAGCUUCUGUGGCAGCAACGAGUGCGGCAUUGUCGGUGAGGCAACAACAUCAACAUCAACAAAAUCAGCGUAACGGGAGUAACGAAGACGUAGGGGUAGGUAUAGCAACAAACCUUAUUCGUUUUGCGGGAGAGCUUGCGAGUUCUGCUUUACAGAACAACGACGGCGAUGCCUUCAAUAAUAGAUUGGUUAUAAUCAGCAACAGUAGAAAACAGACGUGUGGGAUUGAAAUCUUGAAAGCAUUUACUGAAGCUAUAGAGGAAAACGUGAAAGACGGACGAACGAGAACGCAACUCGUCGAGAGGGUAUGCAAACCCAGCGGUCGCGACGUUCUACAAUUGUGCUCGAGCGUUUUAGAGUUUGCCGGAGUUUUAUCACAAUCGAUUGGUAGCAGUAGUACAAGUAGUAUUAGCAAUAGAGAGUUAGAAAACGCCGCGAGAAAUGCCGUGAACGCGUGCUUGGAAUGUUCGAAACUUUGGUUUGAAGCGUGCGCGAAGGAACCCGAGUCAACAUCUACACAACAACAGGAUCCAUAUCAACAACUCUUUUCCCCGUGUGUAGUUGGAGAGGCGUAUCCGGUUUUAUUUAGUAACGCGGCAAAGUUCGUGUCCAGCAUGGACGAUACGAGAGGAGAAGCUGCGCUGCAAUUUCUAGUAAAGAUGUGCGCUGGUGCACAAUCGACGGAUUACGCAAGAGAGCGAUGCGCCAAUCACGAAUUGAUGAAGCAGCUUAUUCAUUACGCUACUGCUUCUGAGGACAAACCGUGUUUUACAAGCGGUACGGUCGCGUCGAGAGUCUUGCAAGGUUUUGUAGCCCUCGUUGAGCGCGACGUUCUCACGUUUACGGAGCACAUGAACGACGAUGCAAAUAGUAACGCGCAACAUCAAGCAAUCGAGUUCGUAUGCGCCUUAGCCGAAGCGUUUCCAAAAGAAGCGGUAGAACCAUUUGGCGAUUUCUGUUUGAUGAUCAACACGAUGAAAAAAGAUGAACGCAUCGAGGCAUGCAGAGACCAACUCUUCGAAAGAUUAUUCAACGUUUGCUGCAUCGCAAGCGCGUCGCGACAGUCGUCACCAGCUAAUGGAAAUGAUUUUUCAGACGACUCCGCCGACGACGAAGAGUACGACGAAGAAAACGCAAAGUUUCGCGAACACGUAUUGGCGGACGCCUUCGAUACGUGCCACGGCGCUUUAGGAGGGGAAAAGUAUCUCGCGAUAGUUUCAAAUUUAUUUCAGCAAAAUGGAAAUCAGUUCGAAGCGGUGGACGUUGCGCUUUUCACUUUGAUUGCAGCAAAGUACGGUAUAAAAGAGGACAUCUCAGACGGUGAGGCGCACGUUGUGCAAUUUUUUACGCAAAUAUUCACAUCCAUCGCGAGUAACGAGGCGAUGUUCGUUUCUCACCCGCGCGUGAUUGAGACGUCGUGCAAGCUGAUUGAAACGUAUUUUCCGGUAACCGUGAUGAAGCAAGCGACCACGCCUACUGAUUUAAUUUUAGGAACGUUACGAUUUACUUUGCUCGCAAUGUCUCUCAAGGAGUCUUGGCGCGCCGCGUCGGUUGGAUUUCGCGACGUUUGCGGUAAGCUCGAAACGAAAAUUGCGCACUUUAAAGCGGAGGCGUUUGUUGAAAUUAUAGAACUAGCGACUGAGGCGAUGGAUAAAAUUCCCAUCGUAGUAGUUGGUGCGCCAGAAAAUGACGCUUCAAAACAGCAAGACCAAGAGCUGUCCCGAGCGUGCGUCGAAGGUUUAGCGCGGGUCCUUCGAACUAUGUGGGUAUACUGCGCCAACGAUGCGGGUAAAUUUGAAGUUGUUAAAGGAGUGAUGAUGCGAUUGAUUUCUCCCCACAUAGAACGCUUGAACCGCUCUGUCGCACAGAAGAACGCAAUUUUGGCUACCGACACAUCAAACAUUUCCCCCGAGAGUGUCGAAGCGUUGCAAGCGCGAUCCAUUGAAAUUUGUCUAGCGCUUUCGCGCCUCGGAGCGAUGGUGCGAUUUCUUGAGCCGCCCCCGUCUGUGACUUCUUCCUUGUUCUCUCCGAGGAAUGACUUAGCUUGCCUCGUUCUCGAGUCUGCGUGGAGCUCGAUCGAGAGCAUUCUAUCGCCUUCUACUCGAGCGACUGGUAUUGUGAAUGUGAAGAAUCAAGCUGAAAGGGAAGAUGAGGAAUCGGUCAAGGCUGUGCAAAUGCUUGCUAAUUUCGCCGUCGCUUCGAAAAUGCGCGCGAGAGAUUUCUCGGAGCACGUAUUUGCGCUUCUGGAGAGUUCAUUUGCGUCGUUCAUGCCAGGAAGUAACGCAGCGAGACACGUUAUGCAGUGCAUAUCGUUAUUUUUGGAGGCGAUUUGCGAACCCAUGCCACCAUAUGAUUUAGAUAGCGCCUCGGGGUCUACGAAGACGAGCGUGGCGCGAUGUCUCGAACGCGUUUUGAGCUCACCGGAUGCAUAUCAAAUUCAGGAGAACGGCACGUACGCGAAGGCGUUUUACGACGUUGCGCGAACGGCGAUUCUAUUUGCACCGUCUGUAUCGCUCGAUACAAACGCGUCGUCGUCAUCGCACGUCGUUUAUGAGACUUUAGCUAAGAGCCUGCAUGCGCUCGCGUCACCUUCUUCCAAUUGUGGCGUCGGCGAUAGACGAAUGGUACUUUUAAGCGUCGCAUCGUUGUGGAAUACGCUCAUGUAUCCCAGCGAAAGAUUAAUUAAAUCCUCCGCAACUUGGCAACACUGCUACUCGGCCGUAUCCAUUUUUGUCAGACGAGACCAAGCGCAGCAGGUCAUCGCGCAUUGCGCAGAUGCAAUGUUCUUCCAAGACGAGUGUUCUUGUCCGAGAGAUUGUUUACGCGCAUUGGCGAAGAUGCUGCGUGGAGCAUUAAUUGAAGUCGAUGCUUCGGAACAAGACGCUAGUAAUUUGAAGAAUCAAAAGUUGGAAUUUUUUCUCUCUCUCUUCACCGCCGCGGAUAAGUUUCAAAGCAACAUGGACUUUCUCAAAGCAGCGCACGUUUGCGUUGAGAUAAUACAAAGAGAGAAGCUUUCUUCUCAGCGCUUUGACGCCAUGCUGGUCGAUUUUGCGUACGUAUGCAGAUCAGAAGCUGACAACGACGCGCUUGAAGAUUAUCUUCUCUAG